CUAUAUAUAGGAGAGAUGAAGCCAGUAGAGAUCAGAUUCUCUCUACACAGACCUCUACAGCACAGAGAUCCAGCCAUGGUACCUACAAUCACUUCAGCUAUGAUCUAUUCUAAGGAGCACCUGACUCUGACAAACAAGCUAAGGAAGCCAGUGAAGAAGUUACACAGAGAUCGUAUCAACAACAGCAUUUGGCAGUUCAAGUCUUUUCUGGUUCCAGAGAUCCUCAACCAGCAGCCCGACUCCAAGCUGGACAAAGCCGACAUCCUGUAGAUGACAGUUUGCAUCCUGAGACAACAGCAACAGAGCUCCUCCUCCUGCUCAGCACCUGUCAAUCAGGGUUACUUUUGCCUGCUAAUGCCUGCAAUGCAGUGAAGAAAACGAUAUGACAACAAUAAAGUCUAAUGUAACUGGCCCCUCUAACAGUACAACUGGCCCCAGCUUGGCCUCCCAGUUGAAAUGGUCUAGAACCGCCACCGGAGGGACCUGCCUCAUCUUCCCAGCCCUGCCCAGCAGCUGCAAACUAUAGAGUUCUGUCAACAUCGCCCUCUGGAGGCCUUGUUCGAGACCUACAGACUUGAGUCCACUCAGACCAACACAAUGGACAAUAGUCAUCUAUUUUUAUGUAGUGAUAAUAAGAAUACCCAUUUUGCUGUUGCAGGAUGUUUAAAAAGUCUUGCUGUGAUUGAGAAUUUUACUUCAGUUGUGCUGAAGUUGAAGCAUUUUUCUGUUUUGUGGUGUUAAAAUUGAAAUCCCAGUAAUUUAUGUUUCAUGAAAAAUCUGUUGAUUAUGUUGAUGAUGUGCUGCAUCAGCUGCAAUGAUCCUCUUACAGGACUUUCAACCCAAAUGGGUGUUAUAUCAUCAAUAUAUUUUAGAAAUCUUCGACUGAUCUGUUUUAAGUUCAAACUCUACAAGAUACAAACGUAUUACGUCUAGAUUUGUGUGGUGAGAUAGUCAUAUUGACAUUGUAUUGAGCAUCUUCUGUGAAGCAUGUAUCAGUUAUAUAUUUGAUAUUGAUCAACUUGAGCUACAGCAUCAACGUUCCUCCAGGAGGAUUAUUUAACAAAACCCCUCUGUGACAAGAGGUAUUUGAUCUGUUUUAAGAUCAGGCUUUAUGUGUGAAAAUGUUGCUUACAUUACCUGAACAAUUGGAGAACACAUUUUUUUCUCAUUCUAAAACCCUUGUUUAUUCUUUGAGUCUGUUAGACUUUAUGUACACGCUUAUCCAGAGCAACUUACAGUAGUGACUCCAUAUAUUAUUAUACUGUGCCCCCAUGGGGAUUGAACCCAUUAUCCUGUGGUUUCAAGCACCAUGCUCUACCAAGUGAGCUAAGACAGACUAGUGGAGUUUCAGCAUCUCUUGGAAAUGUAUCAAAGUUGUAGUUGUGAUGUUUACUCACUUUAUUUGCGCCUUAAGGUGUUCUCUGUAAUGUGAUUAAUUGAGUCAAUUUCAAUAAAUUGAAAAUAUAUCAAAU